AUGCUGGGCUCGCUGACGCUGUACCGACGGCUGCUGUUUGAGCAUGUCUUUGCCAACCGAGAGCUGCGAGCUGCGCUGCCGUUCGUCAGUCCCACGGUGCCGGACAAGCUGUCAACGUUCGGUCAUGGAGUCGCAGGCAUCCUGGCCGGGUCAACGGUCAGCUUCGUCGCGGCGCCAGUAGAGCAUGUCAAGGCCCGGCUGCAGAUACAGUAUGCUGCCGACAAGAAGCAGCGGCUCUACCAGGGCCCCAUUGACUGUGCUCGCAAGAUACUGCGUGCCCAUGGUCUACCAGGGCUCUAUCACGGCCUCUGCUCGACCUUGAUCUUCCGCUCGUUCUUCUUCUGCUUCUGGGGAAGCUACGACAUCUUCUCGCGCGCCUUCAGACAGUACACAGAUCUCUCUGCACCUGCCAUCAACUUCUGGGCCGGCGGACUGGCUGCCCAGGUCUUCUGGGUGACCUCAUACCCGUCCGACGUCAUCAAGCAGCGUAUCGUGACGGAUCCGCUGGGCGGCUCGCUGGGCGACGGAGAGCGCAAAUUUCGACGAUGGAGAGACGCCGCUGUCGCCGUGGGCAGAGAGGGCGGCGGGUGGAGAGCGUACUGGCGCGGUUUCCUGCCUUGUAUCCUGCGAGCGUUCCCAGCUAAUGCGAUGGCCUUGGUCGCCUUCGAGGGAGUCAUGAGAGCCCUUCCAUGA